UUAGUUUCUUUGGCCUGCAGAUAUUCUCGUAAUUGUUGUUCCAUUUGAAAUAUGUUGGGUAGUAACUUAGUGGCAACGGCAGAAAAAGAACCUGUUUAGAGUGAAAAUUCCCAGGAGCCAGAGUGACUCAUCCUGAUGAGCAGAUGCUGCUGAUGCUGGUGUCCCUGCUCUGCUGUGUCCCUGCAGCCACGGCCUGUCUGCAGUGUGACCGCAAGAUCAAGCUCCUGAUCGAGGACUUUACCCUGUCAGCUCCAACCAUAAACGACCAGAUUGAGAUAAAAAAGAUUCGCGACCAUGCCUAUGUGACCUACAGAGAGACCAGCCGGCAGCGGAAGGGAGUCAUUGAUACCACCACUCUGUACAGAGCCAGAACUGAGUACCAGAGUGAGAUGAACCGCUUCUUGAACACAGAGCACACUGGAUAUGUAACAUUUGAGGCCAUUCAGAUGCUGGCGAUGGGCAGGAAGAUCUUAGAAAAACACUUGGACAUAUUCAUCCGUGACGGAUUGUGCCCCAACAAGUGUGGGCUUUUGAAACGAAGAGUAAUGGAUUGCUCCUCUUGCCGCUACAAGAUAUACAUAUGUCCCUCUCCCUCUGGCCAGCAGGACUGCGGUGAGCUCCCAGUGCAGGCUGAGGAGGGAGGCCAGGCCGUGUUGAACUGUUUCCUUCCAUGGCAUCUUCUUCUGUUGGGAGCGCCAGAGUACCACUAUUCCUGGGCCCAUGGCGUGCCGGGAACUGAAAAGCUGAACGAGAGUGACUUCAAAGCCUUGGUGGUGACAGACGACUCAUCCGUGGUCUUAAAUCAGCUGCUCGUGGAUGAACAAGGAACAUAUCGCUGCUCUCUGCAGGGCCAAGAUGGAACCGUCUUCUACCGGGUCACUUUCCCACUCGCUGUCGCCCCUUUGCCUGACCAGACUCACCGACCCGUCGUCCCUCCGCCCUCGCUGCCUCGAGGAGACGACUACUCGCCUUCUCGACUUACUGCCGACCUGCUGGUGCCUGUCGUCGCCAUGGUUACGGCUUUGAGUCUGGCAGCCAGUGUAGGCCUUGCAGUUGUCCUGGGAAUGAUGAUGAGUCAGAGGAGAGCCGCGGAGCAGCCGAGGAGAAGGACGGAGGGAAGAAACACACACAGCACGGUGUGACGAAGACACCAUGUACAGUAAAUACACACGCAGGUCAUGCCUGGAAAUUACACAGAAGUGAGAAAAAAUUUCUGAUCAAUACAUGUUGUUUGUCCUCAACGACGAACCGGGAUCGCCGAUGUGAAUGAGACACCGAGAACUCACUAAUACAAACCGAAAGUUUGUGAUGUAAUGAAACCAGAGCGUACAACACACACACACACACACACAGAAAAUCCCCCAGAAAGCGCUCAAUUUUCUGUAACGUUAAGCACCAGUGCCAGAACACUUCAAUCAUGUGGCCCCGGCGUGGGUCAUGUUCCGAGUGAUGACGUUGUCACGUGGGUGUUUAUGAGAGGAAUCAGGGAUGAGGUAAAUCUGCUGGAUUACAGUGGGGGGUUUUCAGAGAUUAGAUUUCAGCCAUCCAAUUAAUCCUGGAUAAUCUCCCUGUGGGAGGAGGGGGGGGUAAAAAGCUAGCAGCAGAUGUUUUCAUCAGGGUUUCUUGUCAUGUUUAUUUACCUAUGUGUUCAUUCGGAAAGAGGGAGAGCUAUUUUUCUUACAUUACCGAUAACGAUCUCCUCAUUCUGAAAUCAGACUUCUUAAAUCUCUGCUUCCAUCCGCCUACAGUACGCUCUAUGUACACGUUGAUGACACGCAGCUGAUUCAGGAAAAUAGUCGCCUCCAUUCACACAACUUCUGUCAUGAUCUCCACCACCUUCCUCGUCACCUUCAUCACCUUCCGUGAUAGUAACAAGUCGUCGUCGUCGUCGUCGUCGUCAUCAUCAUCAAUAACAAGAAAUUCACACCUAUCUGUCAGCAUUGUGUCAGACCAGGUGUAAUCAUCGGCUGAUUCUUUGCCAACCAAAAUGCUCUGAUGCGCAGCGUAGGAAAGAUUAGGUAACAUCGGCUCCAAAUAAAAACGAAAGCGAGUGAUUGAUUUACGCAUGAGUCAUCGUGUCCAGGAAUUAAGUCACUCAGUCGCCUCUGAAAUCAUCAAUCAUUGCUCAGGUAUUUCAGGGCAGGGGGGAGUCAGUUUGGGAUGUGAGCCUCGCAUACGUAACACAGCUUGUGAUGACAGUAGGAGGGGGUGUGUGUGGAUGUUGAGGCCUGCAUGGAGGGCGACAGGAUGUAUGUGCGGUGCUGUUUCCUGUCGGGCUGCCGAGACAGGGGGUGGGGGGGGUCGAAGGGAGAAAAAAUAAAAAGAAACCAUACUUUAAGACGCCCUCACACAGAGUCAACACACUCAACUCAUCACUUCGCCGCGGGUUUAUACACUGUGUGUGUGUUGGAGCCUAAAGUGCAGGUUGAGGCUACAGUAAAUGCACGCUCAGUGGCUCUGCUCUGCUGACAGCCGUGGUGUGUGUGUGUG